ACGAAGAUUUUCCCAUAAACAAGGCGCACACCACCUUAAUGAUAAUUUUCUACGGGCUCACAGGUACCCAGGGCCCAAUCGUAUAUAAAGGAAUGUUGCGCAGUGGCCAGGAACACAGUCGAGCCUUAGCCACCAACAAGACAACAGCAACCUAAACUACGCACAACAAAAACUAAAAUCAACCAUACAUUAUGGCACCUUCAAACUUGGAUUACCACACCAUCGGAGGAGAAAGCGCGCAGGCUGUUUCGAGUUAUACGCACAAGAAAUUUAAGACCGCCAACUAUACGCACAAAAAGUUUGGCAAGAAGAGUAUCAGCAAGGAGCAAGUUUCCCCCACUACCGCCACAAGCACAAGUCCGCCUCUGUUCCGGCCAUAUGCCCUGAGCGAGAACACACCGCGGAAACGUCGCCAGGAAUCGGAGCGAGAGGUGCAGCAUACUUUGCCACCCACACCGCCCACAACUCCACCACAGCUGCAGCAUUCUCACAUGCACUCGCAUUCAUAUCCGUACGCACAGCCACAGCAGCUCCAAUAUUUGGCGACACCCACUGCAACUCCGUCACCUGUGCUGAAUCACCAGGCUUUCGCCUAUGUGCUGCAGAAGCAGCGAGCCGCACUCCAAAUGCGUCAACUGCUCAGCAUCAAUCCGGAUGCCAAUACCUGGCCCGUGGAAUGGCGUCGGGCCCUGCAAGCACUGCUGCAGCAGUGAGCGGAAGUGCCAGAUGGAACCGAACGGAACGAAGGGAGUGAUUUGCCUAGCAACCAAGUGAUAAUAGAACUUUAAGUGCCCGCAGACAGAUUGUACAUACAAAGCCUCUAUGCAAAUGAUUUCAACUCUGAUAUGAUACUCUAGAUUCUAGACCAAAUUGUAGACCAUAAUUGUAUAUAACUGCUAAACAUAUAUUUAACAUAACUAAUAAAUUGUAGAUCGUAACUUAA